GCCGCCGCUGCCGCCACCGUCAGUCACUCCGCGUUCGGUUCUUCGGCACCCGGUUCGCUGGGACCCUUCGCCGCUUGUGAACUUUGCUGCGGGCUCGGAUCUUGCCGGGGCCUGUCCCACCAUCCCCUACUCCCAGCUCUUCCUUCAUUGUUCCUACAGACUGCAAAAGAACCUCUUCUCAGGAUUCCUCCCCUGAUACUCCCUUCCUUGAUUCCUUUAGGAGUUUUUUGAGGUACUCUCUUGGUGCCCUGUGCUUACGCCAGGAAAAUGUCUGAUGAAUUUUCGUUGGCAGAUGCACUACCUGAACAUUCCCCUGCCAAAACCUCUGCUGUGAGCAAUACAAAACCUGGCCAGCCUCCUCAAGGCUGGCCGAGUUCCAGCCCUUGGAAUAACCCAAGCGCUCCACCUUCUGUGCCGUCCGGACUCCCGCCAAGUGCGACACCCUCCACUGUGCCUUUUGGACCAGCACCAACCGGAAUGUAUCCCUCUGUGCCUCCCACCGGACCACCUCCAGGACCCCCAGCACCCUUUCCUCCUUCUGGACCAUCAUGUCCCCCACCUGGCGGUCCUUAUCCAGCCCCAACUGUGCCCGGCCCCGGCCCCACAGGGCCAUAUCCUACACCAAAUAUGCCCUUUCCAGAGCUUCCAAGACCAUAUGGUGCACCCACAGAUCCAGCUGCUGCUGGUCCUUUAGGUCCAUGGGGAUCCAUGUCUUCUGGACCUUGGGCACCUGGAAUGGGAGGGCAAUAUCCUACCCCUAACAUGCCAUACCCAUCUCCAGGGCCAUAUCCUGCGCCCCCUCCCCAAGCACCAGGGGCAGCGCCACCUGUUCCGUGGGGCACUGUUCCACCAGGAGCCUGGGGACCACCAGCACCAUAUCCUGCCCCUGCAGGAUCAUAUCCCACACCAGGACUCUAUCCCACUCCCAACAAUCCUUUUCAAGUGCCUUCAGGACCUUCUGGUGCUCCACCGAUGCCUGGUGGCCCCCAUUCUUACCAUUAAGUUAAUGGAUGAAGAGAUGACGCUUUGCUUUUUGAAGUACAUAUAUAUGCACAUGAAUGCAUAUAUCAAAAUUGCUGGUCUCACUAUUCUUAGAGGGCAUUCAUGAAAGAACAACCCUUGCACCUCUCAGAGAAGAUAUCUGCCUCUUGUACUUGGAUGUAUAGUACAUCUGAUGGAUACAAUCAGAUAAAAAUGUAAAAGUAAAUCAUUCAAAUGUGAUUUUUAUUCGGUUUUUAUGGAACGUUAAAGUGAUGAAGUAUAUUGAAUAGCUCUUUGAUACAGUUUGUUUAAAACAAGUUUUCGAUUUGUUUAAAUUAUGAAACCACACACUUAAAAAUCUAAGAUGAUGUGGAUUAUUGUUAGAAUCUGCAACCUCAUUGGCGAAUUAUUUCAAGUAUUUUUCUAUAGUCACUUUUCCCCUAAAUAAACACACUUUGAAAACAA